AUGUUAUCAUUAAAUUCAAAAUUUCAAAUACUACAACCAUUUUUUGGAAUUAAAACCUUGGAAUUCGAGUUACAUUGGAAUCCUAUUAAAAAACUUGUAAUAACUGACAUGAAAGAAAUUAUUGAUUCAAAUUAUAAUCUGGAAGAAAAUAUCAGAGAAUUAUUGAAAAAUAUGUGCAGUUGUAAUAAUAAAUCUUCUAUUGGUGAUUCAAUUGAUUUAUUAUUAGAUGUUAUUAUUGAUCCAUCAUUAUCAUUAAUUGAAUCAACGAAAGAACCUUCUUGUUUGAAAUCAAGAAAAGAGGAGAAAAAUAGUAUAGAAGAGGAAGAGAUAACUUAUUUGUCAACAUUAACACCACCAUCAUCUCCAUCAAAAAAAACUGUCACGGGUAUUAAAUCACCAUAUUUUUCCCAAGUACAACAAAUUAAUUACAAUAACAAUGAUGACAAUGGUGAUAAUUUCAUGGCCAAAUUGCAACAUAGCCUUAAUGGCAAUAAAAUCAACGACACCACUGACAAAAAUAAUAAUGGCAAAACAUUUAAAUAUUUUUCCGAGAAAUUUUCUGCUACAAGAUCAAUCGAUGAUUUUCUAAUUUUACGUGUUUUAGAUAUUUCCAAAAAUAAAAACGAACCAACUUCAACAUCAAUUGAUCCAACCUAUAAAUCGACCAUUAGAAAUUUACCAGCUCCAACAACAGUUCAUAAAUACAUCAUCUCUUCACGACUUUUGCAAAAUAAUAGAUUAUUGACAGCUUUAAGAAGUGAUAAUUGUAAGGUAGAGCUUAUCGAAAGAGAUUUUGAAUACUUGAAAACGUUUUUAUCUGAUGAUUAUUAUGAACAACAAAAAAACUUAAAUUACGUUGAAGCUGAUUUAAUAUUAGAUGAGAGAACUGCAAUGAUUUAUUUUCCAUUAAAUAAGAUUUCGCAAAUACAAAUAUUUACACAAUUUCUUAAUACACUUACUCGUCUUGCUCAAAAAUAUUCAAACUUUUAUUUAAUACUUGAAAACUAUACUCGGAAUAACAAUAAUAACAGUGAUGAUAUGAUGAUAGAAUUGUCAACUACACCAUACUUAUUUACCCUACCAACUAUAAAAGCAUUAGCAAAUUUAAGUUCGUUACCAUCGAUUCAUAUAUUAUAUUCAACGUCUGAAGAAAUGUCAGCAAGAUUAGCAAGAUUGAUAGGUGAUGUGUGUGCAACAAAAUGUGAAAAUUUUAAUAAUAAUAACAAUUUGAUAGUGAUUGAUGAUGAUGGUAAUAACUAUGACAGCAUUGGUAAUAGUGGUGACGGCAAUGGUUGGAAAAAUAGACAACAAUGGGAAUCAAGGGAUUGGAUGAUAACAGAAGAAAGUUUGCAUGAAAAAUUUUUGACAUGUUUCACUCCGUUUAUUAAUCCUUUUACUGCACAAAUGAUUUUAACUGCCACAAAUCUUCGGGAAUUUCUUGCAAUGUCUCAUUUAGAAAGGCGUGAAUUAAUUGGUGAUUGGAUUGACGAAGAACGAUUGAUACAAUUUAAUGAAAUCGUAAACGGUGAUAUUGAUGAGCUUGAAGUAUUUGAAUUUGAAAAUCAAGAAACCAUUGAUGAAAUGGAAUAUUUGUAA